GUUUGAUUUCUUGUAAUGGGAAACGAAUCAAAAGGAUGGUCUCGAUUGGUGCACACCUAAUUCCUCCACGACACCACCACCCCCUUCACCCUGAGUUGGCCUUCCACAAGUCAAACACCCACACACACUAUAUAUAUACCCUAAUAACCCCAUAUCAAACCCAAAUUACAGAUUCGAAGAAAUACAUGAUCAAAUCAUUAACAUACACUAUCGCAACUCAUCUCACAACACGAUUAACGGCGUUUUCCGGCAGAAAUAGCAGCAAAUUCGUCAUGACCACCGCGUCGGAGGAAGUUGGGUUCAGUGCGCCGAGAUUGGUGAUGAAGAAGGUGUUGGCGAAGAGUCAGAGCGAAGGCGAUGGGGCUGUUGUUCGGAGAAGCAUCGGAAGGCCGGAAUUGAAGUCUCUGGAUCCUUUCCUUAUGUUGGAUGAAUUUUCUGUUUCAGCUCCAGCUGGAUUCCCUGAUCAUCCCCAUAGAGGUUUUGAGACUGUUACAUACAUGCUAGAGGGAGCUUUUACGCAUCAAGAUUUUUCUGGGCAUAAGGGUACAAUCAGAGCGGGUGAUGUGCAGUGGAUGACGGCUGGAAGAGGUAUUAUUCAUUCAGAGAUGCCUGCAGCUUCAGGUGUCCAAACGGGUUUGCAACUAUGGAUCAAUCUUUCCUCCAAAGACAAAAUGGUUGAACCAAAUUACCAAGAAUUGUUACGGGAAGAAAUCAAGACAGUCGAAAGGGGCGGUGUCAAAGUUACAAUCAUUGCCGGAGAGUCAAUGGGAGUCAAAUCACCGGUUUACACUCGAACUCCCACAAUGUUUCUUGAUUUCACUCUCGACCCCAGAGCCCAAAUGCAUCAACAAAUCCCCGAGUCUUGGAAUUCAUUUGUAUAUGUGCUUGAAGGAGAAGGGGUUUUUGGGUCCAUGGAUUCGAAACCAGUAUCGGCUCACCAUGGUUUGGUGUUGAGUCAAGGAGAUGGGCUCAGUGUAUGGAACCACGGGUCGAACCCAUUGAGGUUCGUGUUGAUCGGAGGGCAACCGAUUAAUGAACCCGUGGUUCAGUAUGGGCCUUUUGUGAUGAACACACAAGAUGAGAUUGAAAAGACUUUACAAGAUUAUCAAUAUUGCCAAAAUGGGUUUGAAAUGGCUAAGUAUUGGAGAUCUCAGUAAAUGGGUUGAGAAUUGAGAUGUGUAAUAGUAAUACAAUGUUGGAGUCAUUUGUUUGUUCUUUGUUUACGAAGGUUUUUUUGGGGGGGUUAUAGUGUUUAUCUUGUUCUUUGUUUACAAAAGUGUUUUUUUGGGGUUAGUGUUUUUCUCCUAGAUGACUUUGGCAAAUUCAAAAAGAUUGUAGAUCUUAUCUGAAUAAAGCAUA